AUGAGCAUUCCUAAAUCGAUUUUGCAGCAUCAUCUAUGGGAUAUCAACAAAGACAGUCGCCAUGAAGCCACAACUUCCAACAUCCGACUUCACUAUGAUCGUGCUAAGCUCAUCUGCCAAGAAAGCGUGAUCGCUACUCGAGACCCGACAGUCCUCACGAUAUCGUCAAUCCACUUGAAUCUCUGCAUCGGUACAAUAGCUCGUUUCCGGGGCUCCCAGCCGCAUUUGACCCGGAUUCUCGACGACCUGAUACAGUUUCGAGUCUGCGGCGAGUUCAUGCUCACGGAAAUCGGCCACGGGCUCGACGCUCGCAAUCUCGAGACCACCGCCACCAUGCUCGAGGACGGCUCUUACGUCCUGAACACCCCAAACUUCGCCGCGGCCAAGGCCAUGCCCCCUACGACUCCCCUGGCCGGGAUCCCUCGCGUCGCGGUCGUUUUCGCUCGCCUCAUCGUCCGGAACGACGACAGAGGCGUCAAGCCGUUCCUCGUUCCGAUCAACGACGAGUGGGAAAUGCAUCGUGGUGUCACCUCCCGGGCGCUGCCCAUCCGGCCCGGAACCAAGCCCUUGGACCAUGCCAUCACGACUUUCAAGGACGUUCGUCUCGGCCCCGGAGCCCUUCUCGGCUCUGCCGCAAAGGCCGAGGACCAACGAGCGGACUUUUUCGAUCAAAUAUGGCGCGUGUCCGUGGGCACUAUCGCUUUGUCCUUCGCCAGCAUAUCCUCACUCAAGGUGUCUGGCUGCAUUGCUGGACUGUACAGCCAGAAGCGCCGCGUCGCCGCCGGCCGAGGAAGCGAGACGACCGCCGUCAUCAACUUUAGCACACAGAGCCGCCCUGUUCUGAAAGCGCUGGCGCAUUCGGAAGUGCUCGAAGUCUAUGCGCUUUGGACCGUUCGGGAGUUCAUGGAUCCGGAACACAGCGUUGACGUUCGCCGGGGUCUCGCCGCCGCCUUCAAGGCUUUGGUCACGAGGUCUUCUCGCACAAUGACCGAGUUGGUGGAGCGAUGUGGCUGGCAGGGUCUAUUCGCUCACAACCAGAUCAACGAGCUGGCGUUGUCGUUCCAAGGAAACUCGAUCGCGGAAGGCGACACGCUGGUACUCUGCAUACGUCUCGCUUCGGAGGUUCUGAUGGGAAAGUACCGUCUGCCUGAGCCAACUCAUCAAGACAGCCCGUUGGCAAAGUACGAGCGGGGACUCUUCCAAGAGGCGACAGAGAAAGUGCAAUCCCUUUCUGGGGGCCACCGAGGGGAAGGCUUCAACUCGGGCAUCCUCCCGCGCUGCAGGGGCCUUGUCGAAGCUAUGGGACAGCGGAUGGCGUACGAAGCCGCAGCGCGUGUUGAGACCGUACUUCCAGAGGUUCUAGAUGUCUUCGUCAUGUCCUGCAUCCGCGAGGACCCGAGCUGGUACACCGAGCACGGCGAGUUGACCCGGGCGCAAAUCUGGCACGACGAGGAAGACGCCUAUAGACAGCUGUUCCCUCUCUUGCCGAAGCUGAUAGAACGAUCCGGUGCACAAGACUACAUCGCGGCUCCCAUGAUUGAAGAGGAGAAGCUUGAGAAGUUUACUCUGGGUCUCGCGACCUUUGGUCUCGACGAAGACGUCAUCAGCGGCAGUGUUCGGAAGCGGCAUUCAAAACUUUAG